AUGGAAAUGUCUCUGAAAAGAGUGGUAGCUCCAGAAGAAGAGCCUCAGGCAGGUCCUCUGGGAGGUGUUCCAGAAGAAGGCAUUGUUAUCACAGGAGGGGACGACAGUUCCAAACUUGUUACUGCCCCUGAAGACCUUGUAGUUAGUGGGACAGGUUGUGGAGCUUGUGAAGCACUUACUGAGUGGGAAUAUCUACCUCCUGUUGGACCUCGCCCACCAAAAGGUUUUGUGGGACUCAAAAAUGCUGGUGCUACUUGUUACAUGAAUUCGGUGAUCCAGCAACUAUACAUGAUUCCUUCUAUAAGGAACAGUAUUCUUGCAAUUGAAGGCACAGGUAGUGAUAUAGAUGAUGAUAUGUUUGGUGAAGAGAAGCAGGACAGUGAGAGUAAUGUUGAUCCCCGAGAUGAUGUUUUUGGAUAUCCUCAUCAAUUUGAAGACAAACCAGCAUUAAGUAAGACAGAAGAUAGGAAAGAGUACAAUAUUGGUGUCUUAAGACACCUUCAGGUCAUCUUUGGUCAUUUAGCUGCUUCCCGACUACAAUACUAUGUGCCCAGAGGAUUUUGGAAACAGUUCAGGCUUUGGGGUGAACCUGUUAAUCUGCGUGAACAACAUGAUGCCUUAGAAUUUUUUAAUUCUUUAGUGGAUAGUUUAGAUGAAGCUUUAAAAGCUUUAGGACAUCCAGCUAUAUUAAGUCAAGUCCUAGGAGGUUCCUUUGCUGAUCAGAAGAUUUGCCAAGGUUGCCCACAUAGAUACGAGUGUGAAGAAUCUUUUACAACUCUGAAUGUAGAUAUUAGAAAUCACCAAAACCUUCUUGAUUCUUUGGAACAGUAUAUCAAAGGAGAUCUGUUGGAAGGUGCAAAUGCAUAUCGUUGUGAAAAAUGUGAUAAAAAGGUUGAUACAGUAAAGCGCUUGCUAAUUAAAAAAUUGCCUCCUGUUCUUGCUAUCCAAUUGAAACGAUUUGACUAUGACUGGGAAAGAGAAUGUGCAAUUAAAUUCAAUGAUUAUUUUGAAUUUCCACGAGAGCUGGAUAUGGAACCUUACACGGUACUAGGUGUUGCAAAGCUGGAAGGAGAUAAUGUAAACCCAGAUAGUCAUUUGGUACAACAGAAUGAGCAGUCUGAAAGUGAGGUAGCAGAAAGCACAAAAUACAGACUUGUAGGUGUGCUUGUACACAGUGGUCAAGCAAGUGGUGGACAUUAUUAUUCUUACAUCAUUGAAAGGAAUGGUAAAGAUGGUGAGAGAAAUCGCUGGUAUAAAUUUGAUGAUGGAGAUGUAACAGAAUGUAAAAUGGAUGAUGACGAAGAAAUGAAAAAUCAGUGUUUCGGUGGAGAGUACAUGGGAGAAGUAUUUGAUCAUAUGAUGAAGCGCAUGUCAUACAGGAGACAGAAAAGGUGGUGGAAUGCUUAUAUACUAUUUUAUGAACGGAUGGACACCAUAGACCAAGAUGACGAGAUAUUAAGAUAUAUUUCAGAGCUGACUAUCACAAGACCCCAUCAAAUUAUGUCACCAGCCAUUGAGAGAAGUGUACGGAAACAAAAUGUGCAAUUCAUGCAUAACCGAAUGCAGUACAGUUUAGAAUAUUUUCAGUUUGUGAAAAAACUUCUUACAUGUAAUGGUAUUUACUUAAGCCCCACUCCAGGACAAGAUCAGUUGUUGCCUGAAGCAGAAGAAAUCACUAUGAUUAGUAUUCAGCUUGCAGCUAGAUUCCUCUUUACCACUGGAUUUCAUACCAAGAAAAUUGUCCGUGGCCCUGCCAGUGAUUGGUAUGAUGCACUGUGCAUUCUACUUCGUCACAGCAAGAAUGUACGUUUUUGGUUUGCUCAUAAUGUCCUUUUUAAUGUUUCAAAUCGCUUCUCUGAAUAUCUUCUGGAGUGUCCUAGUGCCGAAGUGAGGAGUGCAUUUGCAAAACUUAUAGUAUUUAUUGCGCAUUUUUCUUUGCAAGAUGGGCCUUGUCCUUCAUUUUUUACAUCUCCAGGACCUGCUAGUCAGUCAUGUGAUAACUUAAGCUUGAGUGAUCACUUAUUAAGAGCAGUAUUAAAUCUCCUGAGAAGAGAAGUUUCAGAGUAUGGCCGUCAUUUGCAGCAAUAUUUCAGUCUGUUUGUAAUGUAUGCUAAUUUAGGUAUGGCAGAAAAGACACAGCUUCUGAAAUUGAGUGUACCUGCUACCUUUAUGCUUGUAUCUUUAGAUGAAGGACCAGGUCCUCCAAUCAAAUAUCAGUAUGCUGAAUUAGGCAAGUUAUACUCAGUAGUGUCUCAACUGAUUCGCUGUUGCAAUGUCUCAUCAAGAAUGCAGUCUUCAAUCAAUGGUAAUCCCCCUCUUCCUAAUCCUUUUGGUGACCCUAAUUUGUCCCAGCCUAUAAUGCCAAUCCAGCAGAAUGUGGCAGACAUUUUAUUUGUGAGAACAAGUUAUGUGAAGAAAAUUAUUGAAGACUGUAGUAACUCAGAGGAAACCAUUAAAUUGCUUCGUUUUUGCUGCUGGGAGAAUCCUCAGUUCUCAUCUACUGUCCUCAGUGAACUUCUCUGGCAGGUUGCAUAUUCAUAUACCUAUGAACUUCGGCCAUAUUUGGAUCUGCUUUUACAAAUUUUACUUAUUGAGGAUUCCUGGCAGACUCACAGAGAUAUUUACAAUGUUUUACUAUUACGAGGCACUGUAAUUGGCAACAGAACAAGAGAAGCAAAGAUACAGGGUAAUGGAGAUCUUAAAAGAAAGUGGACCUGGGCUGUGGAAUGGCUUGGAGAUGAACUUGAAAGAAGACCGUACACUGGCAAUCCUCAAUAUACUUAUAACAAUUGGUCUCCUCCAGUGCAAAGCAAUGAAACAUCAAAUGGUUAUUUCUUAGAGAGAUCACAUAGUGCUAGGAUGACACUUUCAAAAGCUUGUGAACUCUGUCCAGAGGAGGAGCCAGAUGACCAAGAUGCCACAGAUGAGCAUGAGUCAUCUCCUCCAGAAGAUGCCCCAUUAUAUGCUCAUUCUUCUGGUUCUCACUAUCAACAGAAUAAUCAUGUGCAUGGACAACCAUAUACGGGGCCAGCAGCACAUCACUUGAACAGCCAUCAGAAAACUGGCCAACAGGAACAAGAAAAUUGUGAAGGCAGCGAAGAAGUAUCCUCAUCUCAAAUGAAAGAUCAGUGAAAUAUUCAUAAUUAACUAGUUCCUUUAAGACCAUGCACUCAGGCCUUACAGUCCAAACUUUUUAUGUGUAGCUAGUAUUUAAAACUAGAAAAACUGUUCAAUAUAGAAUUUUUGUUCACUGUCUCAUUUGCAGAAAUUUGCUGUCACCUUCAGGGGAAAGUGUAUAGUGUUUUAUAAAAAAUGACUGAUUAAUAUUAUGUAAAUGGCAAAGGUGUAUAUAGUUUAUUAAUGUUUGACUUAAUUCUUACACAAAAUUUUUUUGAUAGGGAGGCAGCGAUCUACAAAAUAAUAAUUUUCUUGUUAAUGUCCACUGCAUUCUGCAGCCAGUAUUGUCUGCUUCAUGGCAGUUGGAUCAGUCUUUACCAAAAAAAAAAAGUAACAUAAAAGAGCUCAUCCAUGUCAAUCACGCCAGUAGUUUCUUGACAAUUCUUAGUUACUGGAGCCAUAUCAAACUGAUACGUAAACUUUGAAUUAUAUGAAUGAUGUUAAAAAGUUGGUGUUGUAACAUUGUUUCUGGAUAUUUUUCAUUACCUUUUUAUUCUGGUGGUAGGUUAAUCACCUUAAAGCUGUAGUUCUGCUAUAACAUUUAGCAUGGCUUCACACUGUUUGUGUAGCCAGUAAGGACAAAAUCACCUGAAAGACAGCAGUUUCCCCAAAGUGACAGCUAUAUUGCCCAGAGAUUUUAUUUCACGUAACUAGAGCAUACAUAAUAAAAUAAGGAAGAAAUGUGACAAACAAGCAGUUUUUAGUUGCACAUACAUUCUUUAUUCUCAGUGUUUGACAGUUCAGUCUCUUGAUGGGAUGAAGAAUGUGAAUGUAUUGAUAAUAUGAAUUUUAAAUUAUUAAAACAAAUAUGCAAAAGUUUGCUAUGCCACAAUGUUUGGAGCUUAUAGAAGACUGUAUUUGAUAUUCUUGUUUUGUUUUUUGGUAGAUUUUCUUAACUGAAACUUCUAAAAUUUUGCUUCAACUGGUGUCCGAUAAGGUGGGCAUCAUCAGAAUCCCAUAAUACUUUGAAGUACCAUAGAACCAGGAUGUCUGGCUGAUUUUUCUAGUCAGUCAGAAUUUUACUCAAGCAAGAAUUAUCCCAGUUCCUUUCCCAUUCCAAAACUCUUACUGUUGUGGGUUUUAAUUAAAACUUAAGUUUCUGGCUAGUUAAUAUAUUUCUGAAGUACUGUUUAGAAUACACAUUAGCUUCAGGAUUCCAAGAAAUUCAUGAGUUAAUACUAUAUUUAAAAAAGAAUUGGUAAUUUUUGAAUGUCUGUAAUAUUUUGGAACCUGUCUAAAAACCAAAUAUUCCUGUGAACAGAUACAGCCUGUCUUAUACUAUUUAAAUAUUUUGCUGUUUUGUUUUAUAGAAAUUAUUUUGCUGAAUUCACAAUAGAAUUUGAUUUAAGAAUAA